AUGAACACCGAAUCGAUCGAAGAGAUUGUAUUCCAGGUUUUGUUGGGUAGGAUGAAUAAAAAGAAGAGGUAUGCUAGACCUAUUACACAGAGCGAAAUUAUAACUUUAUGCAGGCAAGCUCAAAAAGUUUUUUCAAGAGAACCAUCUUUACUCGAACUGGAAGGUGGUAUCGUUAUUGUAGGAGAUUUGCAUGGAAAUAUUGACGAUUUAAUUAGAAUUUUCGAAAGAUUACGAUACCCUCCCGCUACAAGAUAUUUAUUUUUAGGAGAUUACGUUGAUAGAGGUGUUUACGGAACAGAAGUAAUGCUACUUUUGUUUGCACUUAAAGUUAAAUUCCCAGAUUGUGUUUUUCUCAUUCGAGGAAACCAUGAAUGCUCCUCAUUGACAAGCGUUUAUGGCUUUGAGAAUGAAGUUCUUCAAAAAUAUAAUAGCGAUGUUUAUAACUCAUUCAUACAGACAUUUUAUACGCUUCCACUUGCAGCCGUAGUAGGUCAGAGAAUUUUCUGCGUACACGGUGGAAUUUCUCCUGAGCUUGGAAAAGUAGACGUAUUAAAGAAUAUACCUAGGCCGAAAGAGAUUCCGCUUACAGGAAUGAUCUCCGAUUUGGUUUGGAGUGAUCCUGAAUAUACUGUCGAUACUUUCGAACCAAGUCAUCGAGGUUGUGGAUAUCUAUUUGGUGCAGAAGCAUUGAAAGAAUUUCUUGAUAAAAACCAAUUCGAUUUACUUGUUCGCUCCCAUGAAAUGUGUGAGGAUGGUGUUGCAUGGCCUUAUGCCGCAGAUGAUAGUGCUGCAGAUAAGUGUAUAACUAUUUUCAGCAAUAGCGAUUAUUGCGGCAGAGAAAAUGACGCAGCUGUAAUUUGUGUCACUGAAGAUCUAGCUGUUUCCAUAGAAAUGUUUGAAUGUCAGUUUACAGAAGAUCCAAAGAGAACAAUAUUAUUGCCUUACUGGCUUUCAGACUUGAUAGCAAAGAAAGAUGCACAGAGAGCUGCCAGAGCUAAAACUCCGCAUCCUCUAUCAGAGAAUACUAAUAUCAAUUACUCCAGGUUAGCAAAACCUUCAUCAAAUUUGCAAGCUACUUAUUCUGUAAGAAGAUUGGAGAAUAUCUCCAACUAA